AUGAUGAUGGAACCACCGCAGGGCGCGGACCCCGAGGACUACUACGUCAAGCAGGAUCGGGUCGGAAAAGGCUCCUUCGGCGAGGUCUACAAGGGAUUCGACAAGCGAAAUAGACAGCCCGUCGCAAUCAAGAUCAUCGACCUCGAAAAUGCUGAGGACGAGAUCGACGACAUUCAGCAGGAAAUUGCCAUCUUGAGCCAGCUCGACAGCGCUCAUGUCACAAAAUACCAUGGCUCCUGGCUCAAAGGCACCAACCUCUGGAUCGUCAUGGAAUACUGCUCCGGAGGCAGUUGCUCGGAUUUGAUGAAACCCGGCCGCUUUCGCGAGGACUACAUCGCCAUCGUUGUACGCGAACUCCUCAAAGGUCUCGAGUAUCUGCACGGCGAGGGAAAGCUGCAUCGUGAUAUCAAGGCCGCCAACAUCCUGCUUUCCGCUACAGGUGACGUCAAGCUCGCCGAUUUCGGUGUCUCGGGCCAGCUCACAGCCACUAUGACCAAGAAAAACACGUUUGUCGGCACUCCUUACUGGAUGAGCCCCGAGGUGAUCAAGCAGAGCGGAUACGACUUCAAGGCCGACAUUUGGAGCUUGGGAAUCACCGCCAUCGAGCUGGCCAUGGGCGAACCCCCGUAUGCCGACCUUCACCCCAUGAAGGUUCUCUUUCUCAUCCCCAAGAACCCACCGCCUCAACUUGAAGGGCCCUUUUCCCGACCUUUCAAGGAAUUUGUCAACCUCUGCUUGCAGCGUGAUCCCGCCAACCGUCCAUCCGCCAAAGAGCUUCUGAAGCAUCCCUUCAUUCGCAAAGCGAAAAAGACCACCUACCUCACCGAGCUCAUCGAACGACUCGAACGAUGGAGAGCCGAGGGCGGCGAUCGCCACGAGUCAGAGGAGAGCGAAGAGGCAGACGACGACUUCCAGGAGGGCGAGGAGGACAUGUGGGAUUUUGGAACGGUGCGCAACACGAUGCGUCGCGGAGGGCGUGGAACAGUGGCCAUGCGCAUGCCCGCAAGUGCCAUGACUGCGGCUGCGGCUGCUGUCAACGGAGGCGACGAUGUACACAGCGGUAGAUAUCAGGCCAAGGAGCUACCUCAAGUGCCACGCCACGCGCCGCCCGCGCCGCCCCGAUCACCACAGCCGCAGCCUCGGUCCCCGACGUACGAACACAGUCCCUCCCAUUCUCAGUCGCAGUCGCCGCGUCCAGGCGUAUCGACACCACAGCUGCAGCAACAGCAACCGCAACCACAGCAACAGCAACAGCCGCAAAAGCGAUAUCAGCAGCCGCAGCCUGACCGCAGUUUUGGAACAUCUGGAUCUGCAGGCUCGGUUGGAUCUGCAUCUGGAUCGGCUGGAGGAACGGUACGCCUUGCAGCGGCACCAGCACGACCAGGUAUCCCGACCAGUGAGGCACCCAGCGAUGCGAUCCCGCGUCAGGCAAGCUUCUCUGCAGCUGAUGCGUACGAUAAGGCCAUCGCAGGCGCUUCCACUUCGCAUCAGCAUCCCGCUUCGAACGGGCACGGCACUUCAUCCGACCCGUACUACGCAGACAACCAGCGCGGCUACAAUGACCGUGUCGAAGAAGAGCGCAGGAGGAUGGAAGAGCUCCAAAUCCGACAACACAGUGCGCCACAAUCGAGCCAUGCUCACAAUAGCUCUGCAGACGCAGCUUACCAAAAUUCGCGCCAACAGCAAAUUCAGCAACAGCAACAGAAGCAGCAAGAACAACACCAACAACAACAGCGACAACAACAACAGCAGCAGCAGCAGCAACAACAACAACAGCACCAGCAGGCAGAGCGCCUUACUGCUCUCGAUACAGUCUUCCUUCCGGUCAUUGAGCAGCUCAACAUGGCGGUGGCCUCGCGUCGAGAGGCUGUGCGCACGCUGGCUAACCUUCGCGCCUGCUUGGAAGAAGCCGAGAUGGUAACCCCGGGCAUCAUGAACGCCUUUGCUGUCGAGUUGUUCCAUACCAUGGCCGAGGUGGAGGGCGAUCGCGAGCCCGAGGAGGAUCAGUGGGAUUCUUGA